ACUUCAGACACAACCAAUCAAACCCUGAAAGGGGAGCCGACUACUAACGCUUGAGUCCAGUGACAUUAUGUGGGGCCUGGGCCGGGUGCUGAGGGAUGUCCCUGGGGCAGUGCGGCUGGCCUGUCAGCGGAAGGCGGUCAUACAGUGCAGCAGAGGACUGGGCUCAGGGAGUGUGGAGCCUGGCCGCAGUGUGAGCUCAGCUGGAAAUCUCCCAACUUGUAGACAUCUGCUGGAAUCUAACCACAUGAAUGUUACCUUACACAAUAGCAGAAGAGCAGGGACAUUAACAAGUAGCAGUACCCUAGAUGAGAAUACAUAUGAGAAGUUAGCAGAAGAUACACUGGACUCUUUAGCUGAAUAUUUUGAAGAUCUUGCAGAUCAGCCAUUUACACAAAAUGAUUAUGAUGUCACUUUCGGGAGCGGGGUUUUAACAAUUAAACUUGGGAGCGAUAAAGGGACAUAUGUAAUUAACAAGCAGACACCAAACAAACAGAUUUGGUUAUCAUCUCCUACAAGUGGACCAAAGCGAUAUGACUGGACUGGGACCACUUGGGUGUAUUCUCAUGACGGCCUUUCCCUUCAUCACUUAUUAGCAGAAGAACUGUCGAUCGCAUUAAACACAAAAAUAGACUUAUCUGCUCUAGUAUAUUCUGGAAAGCGCUCAACAUAAGGGAAAAUUCAACAUUGUUCACAGACUACUGCAUCAAAAAUUUGUUUUGUUUUUUACUUUUCUUGUUUGCUUUUGUCUGCAUUAUAACUUUCAACAAAAAGGUCAAAUGAUAUAUAUUUUUUCCAAAUAUGCAAUUCAGUUUGAUUUGUGCAAA